AUGUCGCUCGUGAUACCGGACAAAUUCCAACAUAUUCUUCGUAUUAUGAAUACGAAUAUCGACGGAAAACGCAAGGUUAUGUUUGCCAUGACCGCUAUUAAAGGAGUCGGUCGAAGAUACUCUAACAUUGUCCUGAAAAAAGCUGAUAUUGACUUGGAUAAACGUGCUGGUGAAUGUACAGAAGAAGAGGUUGAAAAAAUUGUGACCAUCAUGUCAAACCCCAGGCAAUACAAAAUACCUGAUUGGUUCUUGAACAGACAGAAGGAUAUUGUUGACGGCAAAUACAGUCAGCUGACUUCUUCUAACUUGGACUCCAAGCUUCGUGAAGAUUUGGAAAGAUUAAAGAAGAUACGCGCUCACAGGGGUAUGCGUCAUUACUGGGGUCUCCGUGUGCGUGGUCAACAUACUAAAACCACUGGUAGAAGAGGAAGAACUGUUGGUGUAUCCAAAAAGAAGUAA